AUUUUACAUCAAUUUUUUAGGUGAUCUCUCAGGUCAGACAUGUUAGAUAUAUUUUUCUUACUUUAUAAUGUUUUAUGAAAUUAAAUAAUUAUAAAGCCACUUAUGCUAACUUGGGUGAUCGGAAUAAAAUGGGAUGUCAAUAGUGGCAAAAAAUACAAAUCCUUAUUAUAUGAUAAAAAAUUAACUAAUUCAGUCUAAAAAAAGUAAAAAUAAUCAUAAACUAUUAUAUAAAUAUUCGAACGCCCCAAUGCACAUAUAAGUGUAAAUAUUUUAUCUUUAAUAAGUUGAAUUUUAAGUAAAAACAUAUUUAUAGUCGUUGUAUUUAUCAUUUGAGAGAUGAAAAAAAUAACGUUUUCUUUCACUACUAUAAGAAGUUCCAUGUAGAAUAUGGGCAGCGUUGCCGACCCAUAGAAGAUAUAUUUCUGGAGGAUUUCGAGGAUUCUAAUUACUUGGAAGAACACAUCAAAUGGGACUGAAUCUGAUCUACCGAUGUCUUUACAUUGUUGAAGCCAAUAAAGACCAGCACAUGUAUCAUGAUAAUGAACAAUAUAUGUCAUUGCUCAUUAUUAAUAUACAUAUUUAAUAUUGGUGUAUUAUUAUAUAAUAUAAUAUCAUGUAGGAAUCGAAAAAAUCGAUUGACUGCAAACAUGUUGCCUCAAAUUUUUCAUAUCGCCUUGUUCCUCCUGAUUUCUUGGUUUGGAAAUUCCAAUAGUAUCCCGACAAAUAGGUAAACAUGGGAUGAAAGAUUUCGAUUUUAGAUCUUAAAUCUUGUUCUUUCUUGAUAUUCCCCAUCAAUUAUUUGUUCAUGGUUGAAAGAGGGAUCCGAUUGUGGUUUUUACAAAAGAAAAGUUUUCUGUCAGGCUUGGUUGAUUCAAGAAAUCUGAUUCUGGGUUCUCCUCAAAAUCUGUUUCUCUGUAUGAUAAAGUCAGAAGAAAAAGGGAAAGAUUUAAUGAAGGCGAUUCAAGAAUGUGACAUGAUCAGAAACAGCAGAAGAGGAAGCUUCUUCCGGAGUGACACAUUCGUGGGGUUUCAUAAAUUACUGCAAAUAACAAGUUUGAUUAUUAUUGAUGCCUGUCUGUUCUCAUUGCCAUCUCUGGCUGAAUCUCCUAGCACCAACGACCCGAAAUCCCUAGAUGAAUUUGUUCUUGACAAUGCAAACGAAGAAAUUGCAUAUCUUCAUACAGGCACCUUGUACAAGGUCAGUCUUCCUGCUAAUUUCUUAGGAAUCCAAGUUUCAAUUGUUAGAAUCAGAACUACUACUUUCUGGGCAAGAGGGUUGAAUUAUAGCUUCGUCCAUUUCCCAACCAGAAUCAUUCCAGAACCCAAUGUGAAGAGAAUGGCUAUGAUAUAUUCAAACUUUGGAAACUUGUCUUCUCAAUCCUUCAAUGUCCCUAAUCAUACAAUAUUUCCUCCUGUUCUUGGUUUCAUGGCCUAUGUUUCCUCAAACACAACCUUAAUUCACCCUAAGAAGAAGAAGAUGCACCUUAGCAUCCUAGGAGAUCCAAUAACUCUUAGAUUUUCCUAUCAGAUAGACCCAAAAGGGGAUAAUCGUCAUGAGAAACUAAUCUGUGCUAAGUUUGAUGAAAAUGGAUUGACAGGGUUUACAAAUGUGAGUGGGUCAUAUGAGUGCGAGACACCAAGCGAAGCGUACUAUGCCCUUGUGGUCCCAGUGGAAAUGAAAUCUGAUGUUGUGGUUGUGAGGGAACAUAGGAUACGGUGGAAGGUAAGGUUGGGGCUGGUCAUCAUGGGACUGUGUCUUGUGGGUAUUGUUAGGUUAGUGGAGAGGAGGAAGAUAAGAAAAUUGGAGGAGAAUUCUCGAAGAUGUGAGCCUUUUGAUACAUUCUGGGUUGGUGAGAGUAAAAUGCCUGUUGCGUCUGUGACUAGAACUCGACCUGUUCUUGGGGAUGAUGAUGAUGCUCCUGGUCAAUGUUUUGUGAUCUUAUCUUUUCCCGAUUGAUUUUUUUUUUUUUUGUCUUUCUUUCUCAUCAUCUUGAUGAAAUGUAUAUUUCUUUUCCUUUCCGAACUUCAAAGAAUCAAAACAAAGAUUUUCUAUAUAACAAAAAAGGAUACAAAGAAAACUAGCCUGUAUUGUGUAUGUGUACUAUAUCCUACUUUCUCAGCACGCACACAAACACUUUAUAUACACAUUUUGUCUUGGAUCUUGAUCCUCUAGAUACUUCACCAUGAUGAAGCAAAGAAAGAAAAAUAAACAGUGAAUCCCAUCUUUACACAUAUGAGCUUAUACACAAGUGGAACCAAUUCUUUUAUUUCUUCUUUAUUUUUUGUUUCUCUACUUCAUCCCAUGAAAGGGGAUAAAAAAUUCCUUCGUCUCAAGUAGUGUUACUUAUUAUAAUGGCUAAACUCUAGAGGCUCGUCUUAUGGCUUGCUCUCCUUUACUCAUUCUAUGAUAUUCCCUUGGCACCAUGCCUAGCUUUUUGCUUGCUUUUAGAAUCUUCCUUGUUCCUAGAAACUUAUUGCACAUGAAUGCUAUGUAAAUUAUAAUCAUGGGUAGAAAUUUCGUUCGGGCAUACCACUAAUGACAUCAUAGAGAGUACAAGUAGAGAGACACCUGAUAUAAA